AAUAUCCUGGCUUUAAAUCCCCGAAAACAGACACAUGCAACUCUUCACUCAACUGCAACAAAGAAACAAGUCAAGAAGCAAUGGAAAAGGAAUUCUGACAAAAGCUGUUCGAACUGUGAGAAACUGGAAAAUAAUUUUGAUGACAUCAAGCACACGACUCUUAGUGAGCGAGGAGCACUUCGAGAAGCAAUGAGAUGCUUAAAGUGUGCAGAUGCCCCCUGUCAGAAGAGUUGCCCAACUAAUCUGGACAUCAAGUCAUUCAUCACAAGUAUUGCAAACAAGAACUAUUAUGGAGCUGCCAAAAUGAUUCUUUCUGACAAUCCACUUGGCCUGACAUGUGGGAUGGUGUGUCCAACAUCAGAUCUCUGUGUUGGUGGCUGCAAUUUGUAUGCCACUGAGGAGGGACCAAUUAAUAUUGGUGGAUUGCAGCAGUUUGCUACCGAGAUAUUCAAAGCUAUGAAUAUUCCUCAGAUCAGAAACCCUUCCUUACCUCCUCUGGAAGAUAUGCCUAAAGCCUAUCAGGUGAAGAUAGCUCUUCUUGGUGCAGGACCUGCAAGUUUAAGUUGUGCUUCCUUUUUGGCUCGACUGGGCUAUUCCAACAUCACCAUAUUUGAAAAGCAGGAGUACAUUGGUGGCUUAAGCACGUCUGAAAUCCCCCAGUUCCGAUUGCCGUAUGAUGUAGUGAAUUUUGAAGCCAAGCUUAUGAAAGAUCUUGGAGUGAAGAUAAUUUUUAGGAAAGGCCUCGCAAUGGAUGGAAUGACUCUCCGUACCUUGAAAGAAGAUGGCUAUGAAGCAGUCUUUAUUGGAAUAGGUUUGCCAGAACCAAACAGAGACCAUAUAUUCCAAGGACUGAAAAUGGAUCAAGGAUUUUACACAUCUAAAGACUUCUUACCUUUGGUAGCAAUGGCCAGCAAACCAGGGAUGUGUGCCUGUCACUCUCCAUUGCCAUCAAUACAUGGAACUGUGAUUGUACUUGGGGCAGGAGACACUGCUUUUGACUGUGCAACAUCUGCUUUACGCUGUGGAGCUCGUCGUGUGUUCGUGGUCUUCAGGAAGGGAUUCACUCAUAUCAGGGCUGUCCCAGAGGAGAUGGAACUUGCAAAAGAAGAGAAGUGUGAAUUUCUGCCUUUCCUCUCCCCUCGGAAAGUUGUUCUUAAAGGUGGACAAAUUGUUGCUAUGGAAUUUGUUCGGACUGAACAGGACAAUGACGGAAACUGGAAAGAAGAUGAGGAUCAGGUUGUCCGUCUGAAAGCUGAUGUGGUGAUCAGUGCCUUUGGAUCUGUUUUAAGUGACAACAAAGUCAGAGAGGCCAUGGCACCUAUCAAGUUUAACAGAUGGGGUCUUCCUGAAGUAGAUCCAGAAACGAUGCAAACAAGUGUACCCUGGGUUUUUGCAGGGGGUGACAUUGGUGGUCUUGCUAACACUACAGUGGAAUCAGUAAAUGAUGGAAAACAAGCUUCCUGGUACAUGCACAGAUAUAUACAGUCCCUACAUGGUGUUGCAGUUUCUACUGUUCCAGAACUACCACUCUUCUAUACUCCUAUCGAUUUAGUAGACAUCAGUGUAGAAAUGGCUGGACUGAAGUUUCCAAAUCCUUUUGGCCUUGCCAGUGCAACCCCUGCUACUAGUUCUUCAAUGAUUCGAAGAGCAUUUGAAGCUGGAUGGGGCUUUGCUGUCACUAAGACAUUCUCUCUGGAUAAGGAUAUUGUGACCAAUGUUUCUCCAAGGAUUGUGCGUGGAACAACUUCAGGUCCUAUGUACGGCCCAGGCCAAGGGUCUUUUCUAAACAUUGAACUGAUCAGUGAGAAAACAGCAGCGUAUUGGUGUAAAAGCAUUGCUGAACUGAAGGCUGACUUUCCAAAUCAUGUAAUUAUUGCCUCCAUGGUUCAGUUAUGA